AUGCUAUCAGAGAGCUCCUCAGUGUUGCUGUUUGAGAAGACUGAUAAGAAAGAGGACGAAAAGGAGCCGGGAAAGAAGAAGGACAGGAGGAAGAGGAGGUGGAAGUGGCCCUGGAAAGGGAAAGGAAAGGCAAAGGGGCCUCCUGCAACGCGAGUGGUGUAUCUCAAUGGUGGAAAUGAGCUCGAAGGGCUGCCAGGGAAUGCUGUCAAGACUGCCAAGUACAACAUCGCCACUUUCCUGCCCAUCUUCAUUUGGGAGAUGUUCUCCCGGGUUGCAUACCUGUACUUCCUUGCCCAGGCAUGUCUGUCCUGGUGGAAUGUGGUUUCCCCCUUUGGCGGGUGGGGUUCCACGCUGGCGCUGCUGUUUGUGCUGGUGGUGGCCGGCAUCAAGGCCAUCUGGGAGGACCUCAAACGGCAUCAGGAGGAUCGCAGCACAAAUGCCUCAGUUGCUCACCGCGUGAUGCCCGACGGCAAGGUGCAGGACGUCAAGUGGCGGGACGUGCGCGUGGGCCACAUUCUGCGCGUGGACGACGAUGAGCUGUUCCCUGCCGACCUGCUCUGCCUGUACUCUGCCCUGCCGGACCACGCCUGCUUCAUCAAAACCACCAACCUGGAUGGCGAGAGCAACCUCAAGAUCCGGAGGCCGGUGGACCUGCGAGAAGCCGCCCCGGAGGAGGAGUCGGACGUGAUGGAGAUCAAGGCCAGCCUGGAGUGCGAGCCGCCCAAUGCCAAUUUGCACAAGUUCCAGGGCCGCCUCAUCUACAAGGCUGGCAGCGAGGAGAGGGCGCUGCCGCUGACCAUGAAUGAGAUGCUGCUGCGCGGCUGCAUGCUGAAGAACUCCAACUAUGUGCUGGGCCUGGUGGUCUACACUGGCAAGGAGUCUCGCAUCCAGAUGAACGCUGCCAAGACCCCCAACAAAGUUGGCUCCUACGACCACUUCCUGAACUUCCAGAUCACCUUCAUCAUCAUGCUGCAGCUGGCCAUGUGCAUCUUCUGCGCGGUCGGCUCCUACAUAUGGCGCAAAUAUGCGGGCUACCCACGCUACCACCUGGCCAUGGAUGCAUAUGUGGAGGGGAAUUACCAGAAUGGCCUCGCCUACACCCUCAUCCUGCUCAUCACCUACUGGAUCCUCUACUCCUACCUCGUCCCCAUCUCCCUCUUCGUCACCCUGGAAAUUGUGAAGUUCUGGCAGGGCUUUGUGUACAUCAACACGGACAAGGAGAUGAUCGACCCGGUGAGCGGCAACCACGCGCUGGCGCGCAACACAAACUUGAACGAGGAUCUGGGCAAGGUGGAGUACGUUUUCAGCGACAAGACGGGCACACUCACCUCCAAUGAGAUGCAGCUGCGCGAGAUUGCCAUCAAGGGCAUCACCUACGGAGACGCCAACUUCAAGCUGGAGGAUCAUGAAGAGCUGCAGGGGAUGGAGUGCCUGGAGCACUUUGACCAGAGGCUGGCCAGCGCUGUGAAGACACUGAAGGAGCUGGGCAAGUGGGACGACCUGAUCAACAGCGGGGGCAGCUCCGCCCAUACGCUCGCUCUGAGCUCCUGCGAGUUCGACCAGCAGACCUACCAGGAGCUGGGCAUCUCUGAGGACCAGGCUGCUUCAGCCAUGCAAACGCCUAGGAGCGAGACCAAUGGCGGCCUCAGCCAUGGGCGCAACAGCGCUGGCGCAGGCGGCAGGCCGGAGGUCAACCCAGUGGUGCUGGCGUGCCACCUACUGGACUUCUGGAUCAACAUCUGCCUCUGCCACUCGCUCAUUGGUCCAUCUCCCGAUGAGGUUGCUCUGGUGGACGGCGGCAGGCAGCUGGGCUUUGAGUUCACAAAGAGAGUGAAGGACGGCCUGGUGCUGAGCAUGAUGGGAACGGAGGCGACGUUUGAGGUGCUGAACGUGAUGGAGUACAGCAGCGCGCGCGGCCGCAUGAGCGUUAUUGUGCGCGCGCCCAACGGCAGCAUCCGCCUGCUCUGCAAGGGCGCCGACUCCAAGGUCCUCGCUAUCCUGGACAAGGCCAUCCCCCACAGCCUCCAGAACAGCACGCAGGCCAACCUCCACCUCUUUGCCACCCAGGGGCUGCGGACGCUGGCCAUAGGCACGAGGGUGUUGGAGGAGGAGUUCUACACGGAGUGGGAUGAGGGGUACCAGGAGGCGGCUGCCCUGCUGGACGGCAGGGACGACGCGAUCGAUGAGCAGGUCAGCGCAGUUGAGGCCGACGUGGAGCUGGUGGGCGUGACUGCCAUCGAGGACAAGCUGCAGGAGGGCGUUCCUGCUGCUAUCCAGACCCUGCUGGACGCCGGCAUGAAGGUGUGGGUGAUCACAGGGGACAAGCAAGAGACGGCCAUCAACAUCGCGAUUGCAUGCAAGCUCAUACGGCGGCCGGACUCGCUGCUGGUCUGCAACGCCAACUCCAAGGAGGAAGCCCACGCGCGCAUUCAGCAGCUGAAGCAGGAGCUGUCCAGGACGUAUGCACCUGUCGGCGGACCGCCCAAGCCCACUCCCUUCAGCGACGGAGCUGCAGAGGUGCUGAGCCCGCUGCACGUGGGCGAGCUGGUGAUCGACGGGGGCACGCUGGGCCACAUCCUGGGCACGGAGGCGGAGCAGGAGCUGGCGGCGGUUGGAGCGCAGUGCGGCAGCGUCGUCAUCUGCCGCUCCUCGCCCUCCCAGAAGGCCGCCGUCGUUCGCAUGAUGGCCGAGUACGAGAUGCGCCAGGCGGAGGGGGGCAGCCGGGGCCUGUACAAGUGGUACAAGCGGGCGAUGCGGAAGCAGGCGGGGCGCAUGCUGGCGAUCGGGGACGGUGCAAAUGACGUGGCUAUGAUCCAGGCGGCCGACGUGGGCAUCGGCAUCCUGGGCAAGGAGGGCCGCCAGGCCGUCAACAACUCCGACUACGCCAUUGCCCAGUUCAGGUUCCUGACGCGGCUGCUGCUGGUACACGGGUCGCUGAGCGCAUAUAGGCUGUCGCGUCUGGUCAAGUACUCCUUCUACAAGAACAUCGCAUUUGGCUUCAUGCUCUUCUACUACCAGUUCUACUGCGGCUUCUCCGGCCAGUCCAUGGUGGAUGACAUUUCUGCCGCCGCCUUCAACGUCGUGUUCACCUCGCUCCCCAUCCUGCUCUUCGCCGUGCUCGACCGCCCUGUGCGCCACCUCGACACCCUCCUGCGCUUCCCCCAGACAUACAACCCGCGGUCGAGCCUGACGACGCUGACAUUUUGGAAGAACGGCGUGCUGAUGGCGGCGGUGGACGCAGCGAUCUGCUUCUUCAUCCCAUACUACGCCACCACCACCAACGGCGUGCGCUCCGCCAACGACGUCUUCUCCGUCGGCAAGACCGUGUUUGUGGCGCUGCUGGGCACGGUGACCCUGGAGGUGGGCCUGGUCAGCCGCUACUGGACCUGGCUCUUCCUCGUCUUCCUCAUCCUCUCCUACGUCCUCGUGUUCCCCUUCGAGGUGCUGUAUGCGCUGGUGGAGCAGGGGCUAAAGAAGUACGACGUGCAGCAGUACGGCGUGGCCCAGUACCUGUACGCCACGGGCACCUUCUGGUUCGCCGUGCUCGCCUGCGGCCUCGUCUCCUUCGGCCACCGCAUCAUCGAGCGCGGCUACGUCUGGCUCUUCCGGCCCCAGGACUACUUCAUCCUGUCGGAGAUGGAGGCCGAUGAGGCGAGCGGCAAGGACCCGGAGCUGGGCUGGCAGGCCUCGCAGCGCCUGUCUGCGCUCCGUUCCACCGCCAGCGGCCGCCUCGCAUCGGCGCGCAUCACCACCGACAGCCAGAUGGAGCAGAGCCUGCUCAACGAGUCCAUGCAGAGCCCCGCCGGCCGGCGCAGGUCCUCAGCCAGAGCGGUGAAGCGGGACAGCCUCGCAACCGCGGGCAGCCUGGGGCCCAUACACCGGCGCACCAGCAGCAUAGACACGCUGCCCUCCAUGUCGCUGCCGGCAAGCUUCAGCGGGCAGCUGCCGGGGCGGCUGCCUGACAGCUUCACGGGGCCGCCGUCCUUCCGCAGCGAGUCGGGGCACCCCCCGCGCGCGCCGGUGCCGGGAGGGCAGCCCCAUGGGGGCAGAGAAGGCAGCGCUGGGGAAGCAGCUGGCGGCUCUGUGCAACAGAGCAGCAGUCAAAGGCCCGGGGGGUCGACGCCUGCCAAUGUCGAGAUGGCGUCUUUGCAGAAAAGUGAUGGGUCAUCAAAUCAAACAUAGCAGAGCGUGGUGUCGUAGAGCCUUGUGUCUGAUGCCAGGCAGGACAAGGGGUGGGAUAGCUCAUAUGAGCAUUUUAGCAAUGCACAGUGGUGUGUGGAGGAAUUUUCAUGCUCUUGUUAUGUAUCAAUUGGUGAGUAUUGUAAGCGGUUCUGUAGAAAGUCUGACAGGAUAGAGGGGAUGUCCUUAAUAUUUUGCACUGCA